CGCUCCGCCGACGCCGCCGACGCUGCCUGCGACCGCACUCCGCUCCGACCACCUCCACCACACCACCUCCACAGCCGAGAUGCGCUGCGCCGCCGCCGCCCUGUGCCUGCUGGUCGCCCUCGCCGCCCUCUGCGCAGCCGCCGCCGCCGCCCCCGCGGCUCACUACGGCCGCGGCUCCCGCCCCCGCACGAUACGGGGCUUCAAGAACGUGGCACUCUCCACCGCGCGGGGCUUCGGCAAGCGAGACGGCAACCAGCUGGAGGCCGCGCUGGCCGACCGCGACACCACCCUCCCGGACAGCUUCCCUGUGGAAUGGUUCGCCGCCGAGAUGCAGAACAACCCGGAACUGGCUCGCAUGAUCGUCAGCAAGUUCGUGGACGCUAACCAGGAUGGAGAACUGACGGCGGAGGAACUCCUCAGGCCCACUUACUGAGUCCCCCACCUGAUACCUACACAUGCCAUAGGCAUAUUAAGAAACUCCCAAACCUCUGAGUCACUUGUUUGUAAUGUCGACAUAUGUGUAUCGUUAUGUUCCAAUAAAAUAACUUUCAAUGUUUCGUAAUAA